GGUAGUCGAGAAGCUCUUGAGGCUGACGAGGAUACCUUUGCUGCCCGAGUGCCUCGUUUCACUAUGAGCUCCAUGGCUCUAUCUUCUAGCGACCGUGGUCGUCGAUGGCCCAGAGUCGUUCGACGUGAGGUUAUGUACACGCUCGGCAAUGGCAGCAUAUGUCACGAGAAUAACGAGACGAGAUCGGUGUUGGUCAAGUUGGCGUGUCCUGAUGACUGGGAGGACUGGAAGCCUGGUCAGGACCCACGAGUGGAGUCCCUUGUUGAGGUUGCCUUAUGCCGCUAUACUCUAUCCAUUUCUGUACCUGCUCUUUGUGCCGACUUGAGGAUGUUGCCUCGUCGACGGGAUCCCGCCAAGGACGAGAUACGUUGUCAUCGAGUGGAGCCGGCAGACUCAAAUGUUGCCGCCGUUGGAGAGAUUGAGUGGAGUCGACUCAGCGAGCGUGGCCUCACAGCAUGA